GCCCUCCCCCUCGUGAAGAGAAUGAAAAAUUUUUGCCAACAGGCCGAACUUGGCGUUUUUGGGCCGAUCGCCGCAAUCCGUCGAAAAUUUUUUCGGUGGUGUCGCUGACUGAUUGAGUCGACGGUAGGACUGAAGAAGGUUGGAGCUGGAGAAGACCGACCAAUCGGGGUAGAUAACAGGACACAGGCGUCAGAUUGCGGGCCCGUUGUUUGAAGAUCAGCAGAACCAAUAAGAAACAUGUCUGACUCUACUGAAAAGCAAGUGGAGCAAGUCGCCGAAGGCUUGCAAAAGACCUACUUGGACGAACCAAGCGGUGAAUACGUCUCGAAAUCCGAGCUGAAGAAGAGACAAAAGUUGAGAGCUCUUGAAUUGAAGAAGGCAGAGAAGGCCAAGAACGCAGCAGCAACAGCACCAAAGAUCUCCAAGCAAAUCGAUGAGUUGGCAAACGUGAAUCCAGCACAGUACUACGAGAUCAGAUCUGCUCAAAUCAAUGGUUUGAGACAACCACACACGGAAAACAACCCUUACCCACACAAGUUCCAUGUCUCCAGCGAGUUCGAGCCUUUCAUCAAGGAGUACAGCCACUUAAAGAAGGGCGAGACUCUUCCAGAUGUCAAGGUCACCAUUGCAGGUAGAAUCAUGGUCAAGAGAGAAGCCGGCCAAAAGUUGAAGUUUUACAACUUGCAGAACAACGGUGUCAACCUUCAAGUCAUGGCCCAAGCGCAAGAUGCCGAGGGAGAUUACGCCGAGAUGCACAAGCUUUUGAGAAGAGGUGACAUCAUCGGUGUUGAAGGUUACCCAGGUAGAACCAAUCCUUCCAAGGGUGGUGAAGGUGAGCUAUCGGUUUUCGCUACCAAGGUCAAGCUCUUGACUCCAUGUCUCCACAUGUUGCCAACCGAGCAUUACGGUUUCAAGGACCAAGAAGCAAGAUACAGAAAGAGAUACUUGGACUUGAUCAUGAACAAGAGAUCCAGAGAGAUCUUCCUUGCUAGAUCCAAGAUCAUCCAAUACAUCAGAAGAUUCUUGGACACGAGAGACUUCAUUGAAGUUGAGACCCCAAUUUUGAACGUCAUUGCUGGUGGUGCCACGGCAAAGCCUUUCCUCACUCACCACAACGAUUUGGACAUGGAAAUGUUCAUGAGAAUUGCGCCAGAGCUUUACUUGAAAGAAUUGGUUGUCGGUGGUUUGGAAAGAGUCUACGAGAUCGGAAGACAAUUUAGAAACGAAGGUAUUGAUAUGACACACAACCCAGAAUUCACCACCUGUGAAUUCUACCAGGCUUACGCUGAUGUCUACGAUUUGAUGGACAUGACCGAAUUACUGUUCUCAGAGAUGGUCAAGGACAUCACCGGUGAUUACAAGGUCAAAUACCAACCAGAGGGUCCUGAAGGUGAAACAUUGACCUUAGACUUCUCGAGACCAUGGAAGAGAGUCAACAUGAUUGAAGAAUUGGAAAGAAUUUUCGACGUCAAGUUCCCAUCAGCAGAUACCUUCCACACUCAAGAAUUCAAUGUUUUCUUGAAGAACAUCUUGGUCAAACACAAGCUCGACUGUCCUCCACCUUUAACCAACGCAAGAAUGUUGGACAAGCUUGUUGGUGAAAUCGAAGACGCUUCGAUCAACCCAACCUUCAUUUUCGGUCAUCCUCAAAUCAUGUCCCCAUUGGCCAAGUAUGAUAGAAAGAUCCCAGGUUUAUGCGAAAGAUUCGAAGUUUUUGUCGCCACCAAGGAAAUCGCCAACGCUUACACAGAAUUGAACGAUCCAUUUGACCAAAGAGCCAGAUUCGAAGAGCAAGCUAACCAAAAGGCACAAGGUGAUGAUGAAGCUCAACUGAUCGAUGAGACCUUUUGUAAUGCUUUGGAAUACGGUUUACCACCAACUGCCGGUUGGGGUUGUGGUAUUGACAGAUUGGCCAUGUUCUUGACCAACUCCAACACUAUCAGAGAAGUUCUUCUAUUCCCAACCUUGAAGCCAGAUGCCCUUGUCAAGGGUGCUGAAGAAAAGAAGUAAGUUAGAUCAACAUUCAAAUGUGCUUAACUCACCUCUUUGUUCUUCAUGUCUCGUAUGUUCUAUAACCCUUUUUUAAUAUAUAUCAUAUUAUUAAUAUAAAUAAUAUUAUUACUAUCUUACAAAGAAAAUUGUCCAUCUCCCCUCUAUUUGGUGAUCUUCAAUUGUCCCUUUCUCUUCAAUUCCAAUGCCUUUUUGUAUGGAGGAGCUGUAGGGGACUGAACAGGAUCUAAGCUCAAAGUUUUCAAGUUCUCAUCCAAUGCAUAAGUAGCAUCAGAAUCAACCGAGUUUAA